GGACACAAAUCCAUUUUUUCCAUUUCAUUGGAAUUUUUGGGACACAAAUCUGUUUUUCCCUUGAUCCUGACCUGGCCAUCUUGGCUUUUCAGGACACAAAUCCAGUUUCCCUUGAUCCUGACCUGUUUCAUUGGGAUUUUUGGGACACAAAUCCAGUUUUCCCAGGAUCCUGAUCCUUUCAUUGGGAUUUUUGGGACACAAAUCCAGUUUUCCCUUGAUCCUGACCCGGUUCAUUGGGAUUUUCUGCACACAAAUCCAUUUUUCCCAGGAUCCUGAUCCUUUCAUUGGGAUUUUCUGGACACAGAUCCGUUUUUCCCAGGAUCCUGACCUGUUUCAUUGGGAUUUUCUGGACACAGAUCCAUUUUUCCCAGGAUCCUGUCCCGGUUGGUUGUCAUUUUGGGGAUUUGGGGAGCAGCAUGGGGCGCUGCCGGGCCCCGCUGCUGUGGGUGCUACUGUGUCUCCAGCUGUGCCUCCAGCUGUGCCUGCAGCUGGGGCCCCGCGCCCCCGGCGCCAGGAGGGGCAGGAAGGAACCGCCCGAGCCCCGGAACACGUCCCUGGCCAACAGCGAGGAGCAUCCCAAGCUCCCGGAGUCUCCCGAGCUGCGGAUCACGGACCCCCGGCGCACCUGGAUCUCCUUCGUGCACCGCCCUGACGACGGCAGCAAUUCCAAGAGGAGAUGCAAAGGGAAAGACAAGAAAUUGCGAGGCCUGGUGGGGCCGCCAGGACCUCCUGGGCCUCAGGGGCCUCCAGGAGCCCCCGGGGCCGAAGUCACCAGGGAAGUUCUUCUGCAGGAGUUCAAGGAGAUCCUAAAAGAAGCCAUGGAGCAGAGAGCCUCCCUGGCCGUUCCAUCCCGUGCCAGCCCGCUGCCGGCCCUGGAGCAGCUGCCGGCCCUGGAGCCGCUGCCAUGGCGCCGGCGCGUGGAGCAGGCGUUCCACUGCAAACUCAAGGGCCACGUGGUGGUGGACAAGAAGACCUUGGUGGAACUGCAGAAUUUCCAGUCGCCCCUGGCCAAGGGCGCCUUCCUGCGGGGCUCGGGACUGAACGCGGCCACCGGGCGUUUCACCGCCCCCGUGGGCGGCAUCUACCAGUUCUCGGCCAACGUCCACAUCGACCACAGCGAGCUGAAGAGCAAAGUGCAGCUCCGAGCCAGGGACAAUGUGCGGGUGCUGAUCUGCAUCGAGUCCCUGUGCCACAGAUACACGUCCUUGGAAGUCAUUGCUGGGCUGGAAAGCAACAGCAAAAUCUUCACUAUUUAUGUCCAUGGGUUGCUGCAGCUGCAGGCGGGGCAGUACACCUCCAUCUUCGUGGACAACGGCGCCGGGGCUCCCAUCACCAUCCAGAACGGAUCUGAUUUCAUGGGAAUGCUGAUGGGAGCCCUAGCAGAUUUGGGGAAUUCCCAAAAUCCUGGACUGAACACC